AUGGGCGAGAAAGUUGAUAACGUCAUUCAUAGAACCAUUCAGAAAUCAUCGAACUUAUCUUCGGUAUGGCGUCGAGGGGAGGCUAGUAAAACCACCACACUGUCGGCAAAUUCCAAUAAUAACCAUAUGGGACGCAGUAACUCUACUUUGGACGGUCUACAUAAUGCAAAUGGAUUCUAUCAAGGAAAUGGAGCUUCAAGAUCAGAAACAAUGUCUUUCCAAAAUGCAAAUUAUUUUGGCAAACAAAAUUACGAUGAUGGAUCCGAUUCAGACGGGUCGCCCAACAACGGUAAAUGUAACGGUAUCAAUGAAAGGAGGGAAAAUCGUGAAAUUUAUGUUCGGGGCGUCAAUUCGCAGUGGAAUAAAAACAAAAACAAUAACGGGAAAGAUUCUGGAGAAAAAAUUCAUGAAACAAUGUCCCAUGUGCCAACGAGCGAAAAGCAGGAUGCAGAAGGUCGCAAUAAUCCGUUAAUAAUAGUCGAAAUGAUCGCAAAUAAAUUAGAUCGUAAGCGUGUUGCAGAAUUUCUUAACCGUCAUAUCGAAAGUAGAAAUCCUACUACUUAUAAAUGUUACUUGGAAGAUGUAAAAGCGUAUGGUUUUGAUCAUAUCAUUCUCAUCGGGGAUUGUCACACUGGAAUUCUUUUUCUGGAUUGCUACGGUCGUGUUUUCGAAUGGGAAGACUCAAUGGGUGUUUUAUGGUCGCUUGGAGAUUAUUUGAGUAUGGCGGAAAAGGAAUCUCUGACUAGACGUGUAAUAUGGAGUGUAGAGUAUGAUGGAACUGUUGCAGAAUUUGACCCUAUGGAUGAUUUACAAAAUGAACUAACCUCUGACAAACCUGCCACAAAAACGACGGAUGUUCACCCUGUUGCAAAGAAGAAAAAGAAUUCGAAAAAAAAGAACUCAAAAAAGAAACAUCAUUGA